CACAGCGGCCGCUGCCGGCGUCGCGUACCUGUGCCGGCCGGUAGGGCUCUCGCGUUGGUCUCGUCGGUGCGGCUGACUUGCCCGCCAUGGCUGAGCUGGAUCCGUUCGGCGCCCCCGCCGGCCCCGCGCUGGGCAACGGGGUGGCCGGCGAGGAAGACCCGGCCGCGGCCUUCUUGGCGCAGCAGGAAAGCGAGAUUGCGGGCAUCGAGAACGACGAGGCCUUCGCUAUCCUGGACGGCGGCGCCCCUGGGCCCCAGCCGCACGGAGAGCCGCCGGGGGGUCCGGAUGCCAAUUCUCGGAAGCAAGAAGCAGAGUGGAAAGAAAAGGCAAUAAAGGAGCUGGAAGAGUGGUAUGCAAGGCAGGACGAGCAGCUACAAAAAACAAAAGCAAACAACAGGGUGGCAGAUGAAGCUUUCUACAAACAACCCUUCGCUGACGUGAUUGGUUAUGUCACAAACAUAAACCAUCCUUGCUACAGCCUAGAACAGGCAGCAGAAGAAGCCUUUGUAAAUGACAUUGAUGAGUCGUCCCCAGGCACAGAGUGGGAGCGGGUGGCCCGGCUGUGUGACUUUAACCCUAAGUCCAGCAAGCAGGCCAAAGAUGUCUCCCGCAUGCGCUCAGUCCUCAUCUCCCUCAAGCAGGCCCCCCUGGUGCACUGAAGAGCCAGCCUUGGAAACACUACAUCUGCAGUAUCUUAAUCCUACUCAGUGAAGCUGUUCACAGUAAUUGGAUUAAUUAUGUUGAGUUCUUUUGGACCAAACCUUUUGUCUUUAGAGUUGAUCAUUGUUUGUGAUUGCAUGUUUCCUUCAACUGUGUUCUCCCUGGCAUUCAGAGAGAGGGGGAGGAGAAAGAGGAAGGGUGGAAGCUCCCAACAGUAGCCUCAACCUGUGCUCUUGUGCAUUAUUCUGAGAAUAAAUUUGUUUCAAACAAUAUAAA